AUGGGUGCCAUUGGGGGUUUAGAUGCCCAUGAACACCCUCCAGCCAGGCUGCGGCAGCAGUACAAGGCUUAUCGUGCGUUGAAGGUCCCUGAUAUCGACUCGCACCCCGCGAUAAUUGAUCUGCGGCGAGAUGGCGACAGCGACACCCUUCCUGAUGGCAUAUCGCUAGACAGAUGGCUUACUCAAGGGCCACUUGAAGCUGCAUUUAGCCAGUUCAUGGGGGGAUGUGACGUCCAGGGCGUUCCCCAGCCAGCGGUUGAGCCGCUACCUGUCUAUACGCAUCGGGACGUACCCGGCCUUGAGAUUAUCCCUUCAAUUCUUCCUCCGGGAGUCCAGGUUGAGCUGCUGUCGAGGCUACUACAUCGUGAUUUAUCAGACCAGCGGCACCAGACCAACCUCCACCUACACUAUAACGUCACCUACCCAGACGCCUCAUGCUUGCCUGGGAUUAGACAGGCCGGUGACAAGCCGUCCUUUUUUGAGGAUUCACUGAGCCGCUCCAUCUCGCCCAAAGAUAGCUCCGUGCACACCCCGCUCACCAUUCAGGCGAUAUUGAACCGCAAACUCCGGUGGAUGACGCUUGGCGGCCAGUACGACUGGACUAAGAAGUGCUAUCCCGCCGGUCCGCCUCCGCCAUUCCCUUUGGACAUAUCUCAUCUACUUCAGGGUAUCUUUCCAGCUACCCAGCCCGAGGCGGCAAUCGUCAACGUCUACUCUCCGGGAGACACGCUACACAUCCACAGGGAUGUCAGUGAAGAAUGUGAUACUGGCUUGAUAAGCAUCAGUUUUGGCUGCGAUGGCCUCUUCAUGGUCAGCCAUGCAGAUAAUUCGAACUUGGCCGUCAUCAGGCUCCGCUCAGGCGACGCAGUCUACAUGGGCGGCGCAUCCAGGGUGUCUUGGCAUGGUGUUCCUAGAAUCCUACCAGAUACUUGUCCAAGCUGGCUGCAGGACUGGCCUGGCGAUGCGAGCAAAAAAGGAGGUGGUAGGUUCCAGCAGUGGAGCGGCUGGAUGGCUGCCAAACGAGUCAACUUGAACGUGAGACAGAUGAAGCCGUCAGGCCCAAUCGGUUGA